UCAUAAAUUGAAUUUAGCUGUUAUUUUAGAUUAAUAGUGAGGGUCGACGAUUUUAUAUUGUUUGAAUACCUUAAGUCCGUGAUUUUAUAAUAACUAAAAACAAAUAAAAAAUAAUAUACUCCCCUCUUCCUACCGUGAAGUCGUAAUCUUAAGACAUUAUCAUUUGUCUUGGACGCAGGAGACACACGUGUAAUUAGCCUCCGUAUUUUCAUCAGUCAUUCGUCUAUUGUUAUCCCUUCCACACCUUGGAGGAUAACGUUUCUCUUAAUCGUUAGUGUUUACUUUUAAAUAAAAUGGAUUCUUAUAAUUUAAAUUUUUAUCGAAUGAUUCGUUCAGUUGAUCCGGAAGGAAUUUUAACUAUACCUAAUCAAACUUUUAUUAAUGAACAUUUUCUUAAAAGAUACUUUGAUAAAAGUGAAGAUUAUGAAAAAGUAGAUGUAGUUACUGUAUGUGGAAAAUUGAUUAUAUUAUUAAAUAAUUUUGAGGAUAUUACUAUGUCACCUAGAAGAUUACCAAGAUUUGUACAAAAUAAUUUCCAGGAAAAGAAGUAUCCAUUUUUAAUGAUUGCUGAAACAUUUUUUGGUUUAAUCAUUUUUUAUAAAAAUUCAAUUGAAGCUUUUUUUAAAUUGUGCCAGAAAUCAAUUAUGUUUUUAUUUCAAUCAAAAGUGAUGAUUGAUAAACCAAAGAGAAUAAAAAAAACACAACCAAAGAAACAAAAAAUUUCAAGAAAAAAUGAAGAAGAACAAAUUAUAACUACAAAUAAUGAAGAUCAGUUUCAAAAUGAUAUUAAUAGAAGACAUUCUGCAAUACCCAGAAUUUUUCAAGAAAGAGAUUUGACCCUGAACGCUAUAGGGGAAAAUGCUGCUACACAAAUGAAAAAUAUAGAUUCACAAACAGAAACAGUAAAUUUAAAUCAUAAUCAGCUAAUACAGUACACUAUGCAGGAAAAUUCUGCAAUAAUACCAAUAGAAAAUUUAAAUGUGCAACCAGAAAUAGUUAACUUAAAUCAAAAUCAGUUUAUGCUAGAGACUCUGGAAGAAAAUACUCAAAUACCAAUGGAAUGUAUAAAAACACAACCAGAAAUAAUUAACUUAAGUCAAAAUCAACUUAUACAAACGGAUAUUGAAGAAAAUGCCAAUAAAAUGCCAAUAGAAUAUAUAAACGCACAACCAGAAACAAUUAACUUAAAUUAUAAUCAAGUGAAUGAAUUAGAAGAGGCUGAGGUUCAACAAUUACAUGAACAUAAUGAAUGUUCCCAAGUUGUCAAAAAAAAAAAGAGAAAAAAUAUUUAUAAUAAUGAAAAUUUAAAUUUAAAACGGUUGAAGAAAAUGAAAAUUUGUUUGCCUAAAAGACCAUUUCAGUAUAUUGCUACGAGAUAUAAUCAAAGUAUAAGCCAUUUUCCAUUAAGAUAUUUUGAGUUAAAUAAAAUGCUUCACAUAGGAUUUUCUGCAGUAACAAUUCAAAAAGAACUAGAUGAAAUAGAAAUUUCAAAUGGUAUUUUUAGUAGAUAUAUGACAAAAAAUGAAUAUAAUGCUAUUGUUGAAAAGUGCAAUAACUUAAAACACCCUGGCCAUAACAGUAUAUUUAAGCAAAGCUUAAACAAUGAAUUACCUCAUUUGAAUCUGAUUCCAUUAGCAGAAGAAUGUUUAACCAACAAUAGUCUUGUAUGGAGAAGUACUGUAAAUGAGAUGAAUAAAAAAUUAAGUGACAGUGUUAAAGAUAUCUCAGCUCUCAUUAAAAUUGGUAAUGAUUGGGAUGAAUUUGAAGCUGAAACAAAACGUAGAAUUAACCAAAGUCUUUUACCCAAGAAAAGCUCCAUAAUUCCUAGGUUAUCCAACAUUGAUAUUUCACAACCUAUACUUCCGUUUAAUUCGCCUCCCAACAUAAUAUUUUUGAAUGAAAAUCCUUCUAUGAUUAAUUUUCCACAGCACAAUUCAACUGCUUUUCCAGAAGUUAUGUCUAAUUAUGUUGACCAACUACCAUCAAAUGAUUCUCUAAUUAAAAAUAAGCGUGAUACUGAGUAUGAACCACGUAAUAUCAUUUGUAGUGAUGAAUUUAAACUUCAAGAUAAUGUGUCUCAUAUUCCAUUAAAUUCAAGUGGUGAGAAAUCAAUUGAAGUGUUUGAAAACAUUGUUGAAAUGAUUAAUCAAAGUUCCAGCCAAGAAAAUGAAUUGAAAUUUACCCAACUAUGCCCAACUCGAAUUACCAGCCGGAAAAAAGCUUGUAAAAUAUUUUCUACACUAUUAAGAUUACACAAAGAAAAAAAAAUUUCGAUCACACAAACUAGUGGAAGUAUGGAUCCAACACUUAUUAAAUUAGAAAUUAAUACUCAUUUUAAUAAUUUUUAAUAUGCUAGUGGAUCACUAAGAUUUGACGAUUGAUUCAAUCGAAUAAUUAUCAUUUAGUUUUUAUUUAAAAUUUUAUUAAAAAAAAUUUGUUAAACCUAAUUCUUAAAUAAAUGUCUAU